CAUCUUAAUCGCCCGCCGUCGCCAUCGAUCGCGCAUUUCUCGCCUCGCCGCCCGGCCGAUCGUUGCGAUCUCAUAAAUACCACAUCAGAUCGGCUAGCCCCGGCAGGGAGAAGAGAAAAGAGAGAAAAAAUCCUCCCUGCCCACAAUGGCUUCUCCUACCUCAGUCCACUGGCUGAGCCUGGUGGGGAGCGUCUGGCUGCAGACCAUCAACGGCCCCAACGCCGACUUCCCCGUCUACUCGUCGGAGCUCAAGGACGCCAAGGGCAUCUCCCAGGUGCAGCUCAACUUCCUGGCCUUCGCCUCCGACGCCGGGAAGCUCCUGGGCUGGCUCGCGGGCGUCGCCGCGCUCUACAUCCCGCUCUGGGCCGUGGCGCUCGUGGGCGCGGCCUUCGGGCUCGUGGGCUACGGCGUCCAGUUCCUGUUCCUGGAGCGGUCCGGGCUCGCCUACUGGCACCUGUGCGCGCUCACCUCGCUCGCCGGCAACGGCAUCUGCUGGAUCAACACCGUCUGCUACCUCCUCUGCAUCAAAAACUUCCCGUCGGGAAGCCGCAGCGUCGCCGUCAGCCUCGCCACCAGCUACCUCGGCCUCAGCGCCAAGUUCUACACUACCAUGGCCGAGACCCUGCCGAAAGGCGUCACGUCAAACUACUCCAAGGCCAAGGUGUACCUGCUCCUCAAUGCCGUCGUGCCGAUGCUCGUCACGCUCGUGGCCGUGCCGUCGCUGCGGGUGACGAAGCUGGUGGGGGGAGAGAAGAGGAGCGAUGUGGGGUUUUGGGCCAUGUUUGCAGUCACGCUGGCUACCGGAGCCUGCGCCGUGGUGGGCAGCAUCGGGGCCAAGUCCAUCGGGCUGUCGUCGAAGGAGCACAUGGUGAGCCUCUACGUGCUGCUCGCCGUGCCGAUACUCAUCCCGUUGGUGCUCAGGGUUCGGGAGAGCUUGGCCAAGAUACGGGAGGCCAAGUGGGAGAACAGAGUGCAUGACCUUGGCUCCGACAAUCAGUCCGAGACGGCCGUGGAGAUGGAGAUGGAGAUGGAAGUGGCCAACAAGGAGGAGGAGGAAGAGCGUGCCAGCGGACAUGGAGAACAAGAGCAAGAAGAGGUCGGUGGUCUCCGUUUGCUCAGGAGGUUCGACUUCUGGCUGUACUUCUUGAGCUACAUGUUCAGUGGCACGCUGGGUCUGGUCUUCCUCAACAACCUGGGGCAGAUUGCCGAGUCCCGUAGGCUCAGCGACCCGUCCACCCUGGUCUCUCUGUCGUCCUCGUUUGGAUUCUUCGGCCGCCUCCUUCCCGCCUUCUUGGACUACUACACUUCAAAGAGUGGCUACUCCAUAUCAAGAACGGCGUCCAUGGCGUCUCUGAUGGCCCCGAUGGCCGGCGCGUUCUUCCUGCUGCUGGACCCCAGGGACAUGUUCCUCUACACCAGCACGGCGGUGGUGGGGACUUGCACCGGCGCCAUCACCUCCGUGGCCGUGUCGGCGACGAGCGAGCUCUUCGGCACCAAGAACUUCGGGGUCAACCACAACGUGCUGGUGGCCAACAUCCCCGUCGGCUCCCUCUGCUUCGGCUACCUCGCCGGGUUCCUCUACCAGAAAGAGGCCCGUGGGAGCAGCCAGUGCAUCGGGGCGCGCUGCUACCAGGACACCUUCCUCCUCUGGGGCCUCACCUGCGCCGUCGGGACCGCGCUCUCCGUCGCGCUCUACGCGCGGUCCCGUGGCGCGGCCAAGGUCAGGCUGCCCACUGCCACAACGAGGCCGUGUGCCGGCGGACGGUUCGCUGGCUUUGGAUGUGAUGAUAAGAAGGGACCAGAAGUUUCUGGUGCAGGGGUGUAGUUUAGGUGGCACACAUGAUCCAGUGAAUAAGCAAAAUAUCUAAGCUAGGUGAUGUAGCAAUUUUCUUGUUUCUUUCUGUUUUUCUUUUUCUUUUCCUUAGGAAAACAUUUCGUUUGUUAGUUUCUUGACUAAACUUUGCUGUGAGGAUAUGCGAAGCUUGACGCAUGUAAAAAAGGCACAGAGCACAUAUUGCCCGUAUAUAUAAACUGGAUGUUGAAAUUCACCGUUUGGACAAAA